AUGCUACGCGUGGAUCCGCUACAGCGAUGCGCUGUUCUAUUGGUUUAUGAUCGGUAUUUGGCGGUGCUACCAUUCCGUCGUUCUGAAACUGUGCAACCCAACGAGAAAACAGCACUGAGCACGGCAAAAUUAGUGAAAAGCGGCAUGUCUUGGGAACGGCGCGCGACCGCUCCACUGUUAGCCACCUUCACUACCUGCCUGAGUUCAUCUACCGGCGAAAAAAUCAACAAUGUUAUUGAUAUGCAAUUUCUGCACGGUUUCUAUGAGCCCACAUUGCUCGUUCUGUACGAACCGAUCGGCACAUGGGCUGGGUAA